UUCUGCUGAGAGCAGCAGGCUUGCUCAGAGCCCAGGUACAGGGAAUGGAUUGAAGGGGGUUUGGGGUGCUGUAAAAGGAGAAGAAAGGGGGAGAGAGGAAAGAAAACAGAAACCAAGACCAUUACAGAGGAAGAAAGCAAAUUGAGACAGAGGUAAAAGGGGGCACUAGUUAUAUGGAAAGGAACAGAAGAUGGAGCCAGAGAGGCUGGGAAGAGCAAAGAAGGAGAAACGGCAGAUACAAGGGCCAAGUACAGUACCGAGGGCAGCUGCAAACAGGAGACCAGAAGGAAAGCCUCAGUCUCUGGUUCCCAGGUACUGUCCACCUCAUCCGUGCCAGCCGGGCCUGUUGCUUCACAUCUCUCCUCAAGACUUGCCUACCUUCUGGUUGUGGUAGCAACAUGGGGACCAGAAGCCACCUCCUGGGUCUGGGGUUUCUGCUCCUGCUCUUUCUCCCUGCAGAGUGUCUGGGAGCUGAGGGUAGACUGGCUCACAAGCUGUUUCGUGACCUGUUUGCCAACUAUACAAGUGCCCUGAGACCAGUGGCAGACACAGACCAGACUCUAAAUGUGACCCUGGAGGUGACAUUGUCUCAGAUCAUUGAUAUGGAUGAACGGAACCAGGUGCUGACCUUGUACCUGUGGAUCCGGCAGGAGUGGACAGACGCCUACCUACACUGGGACCCCAGAGCCUACGGUGACUUGGAUGCCAUCCGAAUUCCCAGCAGUCUAGUGUGGCGACCAGACAUCGUACUUUACAACAAGGCAGACACGCAGCCACCUGCCUCAGCCAGCACCAACGUGGUUGUGCGGCACGACGGCGCUGUGCGCUGGGAUGCACCGGCCAUCACACGCAGCUCGUGCGGUGUGGAUGUGUCUGCCUUCCCAUUUGACGCUCAGCGCUGCGGCCUGACCUUCGGCUCAUGGACGCACGGCGGGCACCAGCUGGAUGUGCGACCUCGGGGCACUUCUGCCAGUCUGGCCGACUUCGUGGAGAAUGUUGAAUGGCGUGUGCUGGGCAUGCCAGCGCGCAGGCGCGUGCUCACCUACGGCUGCUGCUCUGAGCCCUACCCAGACGUGACCUUCACUCUGCUGCUCCGCCGCCGCGCAGCUGCCUACGUGUGCAACCUACUGCUGCCCUGUGUGUUCAUCUCCCUGCUGGCACCACUGGCCUUCCACCUGCCCGCUGACUCCGGGGAGAAGGUGUCUCUGGGCGUCACCGUGCUCCUGGCGCUCACGGUCUUCCAGCUAAUCCUGGCCGAGAGCAUGCCACCUGCAGAGAGCGUGCCACUCAUUGGAAAGUACUAUAUGGCCACUAUGACCAUGGUCACAUUCUCCACAGCGCUUACCAUCCUCAUUAUGAAUCUGCAUUACUGUGGCCCUAAUGCACAUCCUGUACCUGCCUGGGCUCGGGUCCUCCUGCUGGGACACCUAGCCAAAGGCCUGUGUGUGCGGGAACGAGGGGAACCCUGUGGACAGUCCAAGCCACUAGAGUCAGCCCCCAGCCUCCAGCCUCCACCAGGUCCCCCAGCGGGCCCUUGUCAUGAGCCACGAUGUCUAUGCCACCAGGAAGCCCUUCUGCAUCACGUAGCUUCCAUUGCCGGCACCUUCCGCAGCCACCGGGCUGCCCAGCGCCGCCAUGAAGAUUGGAAGCGCCUGGCUAGAGUGAUGGACCGCUUUUUCCUAGGCAUCUUCUUCUGCAUGGCUCUGGUCAUGAGCCUCCUGGUACUGGUGCAAGCCCUGUAAGGGCCAGGAACUGGAUUUUAGGGAGCUGUGGUCACCUCAACAGCACCAGGCAGGGAUGGCAGGGCCCAGGUGGUUGUUGGUACUCAGAAACACUAGCCAGACUCUCUGCUAAGAGUCAGAGACACCUCUUCAGCACUUCAGCACUUCUGACCUCACAACCCACAAACAGCCUUUGCGAUCUACUUGCCCUAAUGGAAGGGGAUCUAAAGCCUGCCUCUCCCCUAAUUCCAACAUGAUUGAGGUCAAAGUACAGACUUGGAAGCUAUGACUCAGUGCUAGCUGAGCACGGUGAUAUAAUUCCAGCACAAGGAGGCUGAGGCAGAAAGAUUACCUUAAGUUCUGUAGCCUGAGCUACAGAAAUUUUUGUCUAAAAAUAAAUAACCACCCCCGUGUCUACACUCAGAAUCAUAGCUAUUAGCUGGCAGAAUCCAGGUUAUUUUCCUUUGUCGAGAUACAGUCUCACUAUGUAGUCCUUGCUGGCCUGGAAUUUGCUAUGUAGCCCAGGCUGGCUUUGAACUCACACAGAUCCACAUGCCUCUGCCUCUCCAAACACAGGUGCCACUAUGCCUGGCUAGGGUGUAGGUUACUAACUAAAGAGUCAAAGCUACACAUUUGCUUGUCACCCUUAGCAGUUGCUGUUACAGAUUCUCAUCUUGCUCCUCUCUGCUUAGGCUCUCCCGGGAGGGAAGUCACUGUCUAGUUUCCAGAACAGAAGGCUGUGUAGACAUUUGACUCGGAGCUUUGAUCCAUAAUAAAUGAGUGCUCCC